AUGGCACCGGCAGAUCGAGCUCAAUGGAAUCAGCUUGCUGACAUCUUUGAACUCGAUUCUAAACAUCGGGCAGAAGCACUUAGAAUAAGUUCUAUUACUGGGUCUGAAAAUCAAUAUCACGCAUCAGUCUGCCUCUUGCAGAAGACACGUCAAGAUAUGGAUAAUGUUGUUUCGCAACUUUGUUCUGCUGCCAGCUGGAAGCCUGCCGCUGAUCUGGGGACCCGACUUACUAAGAUCAUACGCGAAACGCUUCAAGACCAUACAAUGGAAUCGUAUACCUACAGAGUCGAUUCCAAAAAAAAGCCCAUACAAAAAUCCUUUGAAAAGAUCGCUAUGAAUGCUAUAAUCAACCAAUCCGAGUCAUGGAAAUUAGAAAAUUUACCUCAAGACUUUGGUAGUACGUUGACCGAUCUAAAGAAACAUGAGGCGUUCAUGAAGUUCUUUGGAGCCAAAGUUAGACAUGUCCGGGACGACUUCAGGAUUGCUCUCUUAACCAAUAUACUUGUAACUCACGCAAACAUAGAUGAACCCGCACAACCAGUGCCAAAGCUGUCUGAAUUGCUAUUACUGUUGACUCGGUUUUUUAAUCCACAAGAUCCUCGCACUGCAAAAGAAAUUGAGGCUGAUAUGGACUCGAAGGCCAAAGCUCGAUUCGCUUAUCUGAGAAUCGAGGCUGCGAUAUAUAACUACACCAACCAAGUAGACCGCAAGCUGCGACCUGGUCAAUCGCAUUGGGCAUGGGUGGAUCAACAGCUUGAAAAUCUUUGUGGUCAAAAAAGGUCUUAUCGUCGAGCUUUUGAUACUAUUGUUAUAGCAACUGAUCAAGGGUUUUUUGAUGGAAAUAAGUCAAUCUUCGACAUCAAGGAAGAUGAAAAGUUCAGGGUUCCCACCGAAGAUGAUGUCUCACAAGCGAUGGAAUUUAUGUCUUCAAACACCAACUAA